UGAUAUCUCUGUCAGCGAAUUCUCCUGGUUUGGAGGCGAACGUCUUCAAAAUCUCAGACAGAGAUUUGUGGUUUCCUCUGCAACACGACCUUCCUGCAAUAUUACAAAUGUAGAAAAUAUUUGUCGUAAUAUGUCAUUUACUGCUGAAAACUGUAGUGAUGUACGUUGGAGAGGAAAUGCUGUCGUUGAAUUCACCGGAACAAAUUUGACGUCAUUACACGUGUCCAGUGCAAACGUCAAUCUUACACAUAGUGGUUUGUCGGCCUUCGCUGGUCCUGUACAUGCAGAACUUGUCGGUGACUGUUGUACUUCGUCCGUUAUUCUUAGUGCUGUCGAUGCUGAUGGAUUUGUUUCUCAGUGUAGAUUUCUCCUGUACCCCGAAUUUUGGGUUGCAACUAAUAUCGUUAAAGACACGUCUGAACCAUUGAAAUUUGUGGAGACAAGUAUCAAUGUAGCUAUCCUCGGUGGCGUAUUUGGUGCCCUAGCCGGUUUGAUUAUUGCAAUAGGUGUUAUGGUGAAAAUCUGUCACUCCUCUGAUAGGAAGACCGCUCCUAUGAAAGAUAAAACCAAUCCAAAUAUGGCAUUUUCGACAGAAAACCAGAAUGUAUAUUUUCAUUGCACUCCACCGGCAGAUUCACGAUAUAUCUGCACGACUGCUAAGGCUAACUUGACAAAGGAAUAUUCCAAAACAUAACACAAAAGAAAAAGGUUUACAAAUAACAUUUCAAAUUGAUUUGAAGAAUGAAUUGAUAACACAUAAAUGUAAGGCUCUAAGUGCAACGGUCUUUAUCAUCAGUUCCGCUGCGCUGAAUUUUGAUCAUAGUAUGUCAUUUGCUUUUCUACUGAACGCUGAACCCAAAAAGCAAUUUUCAAAUGAAACGUUGAUCUUAUAGUUUACAAAUGAAUAAAGUCUUUCGGUGUGUGGAUAGAUAUCUCAGGAACAACAAAAAUAAUGUAUCCUUUAAAAAAUAGUCCAUGCAUUCCAAUUUAUUAACAUCAAAUCCAAAAUAAAAUUCCAAAAAUACUAAGUAUGUUUAAAAGAUACAGUUUAAGAAAACAUUUAGAUAUUUUCUGAAUCUUCGGUAGAACAAGAGGUCUACAAUCAGUCGAAUUAUUUCCAUGAAAUUCUCUGUAAUCUACAUAUUAUGAAAUAAAAAGCAUCAUCUCAUCUCAUAAACAAGACUAUAGAAUUUCAAACUCAAUACACAAACAUGGUUCAUCGACAUUUUGUACCUAGUGCAAAAUGUUUUAUUCUCUAGAUUAACAAAUAGUAAAUUACGGACUCGGUAUCGAUUUUAUUUAUUUACUUAUUUUUAUUUUUAUUUUUUUUUUUUUGAGAGAGAGAGAGAGCAUGGCAAGUCAGCUUUUGGUCACAAACUGUCUUUUUUUAGCUACUCCGGCGAAUAUUGUUAUUCUCGAGCCUUUUGGAAUGAAAAUUAACCAAAAACGCAUGAUUUGGAUAGCAUGUGUUUUCAUGAUUUAUAUCAUAUAUGUAUAUAAACUUUAUUGGUGAAUGGUUCUACUCUACUGACCACAAAUUUCCACGUAUAUGAGUGAAUAAGAAAGAUUGAACUGUUGAUAUUGUGUUAUAAUUUACUACUAUUCAAAAUGCAUAUAUGAAUUUAAAGUAUAAACAA